AUGAAGAUUUUCAUCGUCCUUGCCCAUCCUGAGCCCCGAUCCUUCAAUGGCUCUCUGUUCCAAGUCUCUGUGAACGAGCUCAAAGCUCAAGGUCACCAAGUCAAGACCUCGGACCUAUACUCUAUGGAAUGGAAAGCCAAGGUCGAUCGCUCAGACUUCCCAAAUCUGGUAUCCGAUGCCCGUCUCAAGGUUGCAUACGCAUCAAGGGAUUCAUACACCGCAGGAAACCUUACCGAGGAUGUCAGAACCGAACAAGAAAAGCUACUCUGGGCCGACGUUGUCCUAUUUCACUUUCCGCUCUGGUGGUAUACCAUGCCCGCUAUUCUCAAAGGCUGGGUCGAAAGAGUGUUCUCUAUGGGGUUUGCAUAUGGAUAUGGCGAGCAUAGUGAUAAGCAUUAUGGUGAUAGAUAUGGCGAGGGCGUUUUUGCAGGAAAGCGAGCGAUGCUCAUUGUUACUGUCGGGGGCAAGAAAGAGCACUUCUCAACACGCGGAGUUGCCGGACAUAUUGACGACUUACUAUUCCCUAUUAAUCACGGGGUGCUAUACUAUCCCGGGUUUCAGGUUCUCCCAUCUCACGUCGUUUAUCAGACUGAUAGGUUGGAUCAAACUGGCUUUGAGAAAGAGGCGGAGAUGCUUCGUGAAAGGCUGAGGCAUUUGGACACCAUCGAGCCUAUUGCUUACAGACCACAAAAUGGCGGUGACUAUGAGAUACCUAACUUGACUCUCAAGCCAGGUUUGGAGGGGAAGAACGCGAAGGGGUUCUCGAUACAUAUUCGCGACAGUUGA